CAUCCGUCAAUGUUUCCCGCUUUUCGCCGAUUGCGAAUUACGUCAAGAUUGCGUCGGCCGCGUCGUAGAAACGACUUUUCCGACGAUUUCAGACAAAAAUUCGGCCGGCGACGAGAGAAAGGCGGCUCGGCAGGGCACGGCGGACGUAAAAGGACGGCAAAAGGUCGGAUUCGGCGCGGCGAACACUGGUGAAAAAGUCAAUUGCGAUCGGCGCGGCUGGUGCAAGCUGCGAGUCGAGUCGCUCGUUCAGCCAAUCAGCGCGCGCUUGACACGGCGCGUCGACCAAUGGUGUGACGGAUCGACAACAGUACGGGCACUUGGAGUGCGCUGUUUGUUUCUUCCAACAUGGCUGAUCUGUUCUCUCAGUAUGGCGAAGACACGGCCAAUUCGGACGAGGGACUGGGGAGUGGCUCGGAGGGCAUGAGUGGCGACGCCGAGGAUGAACUCUGCGACGACCCCUCGUCCGUCCUCGACGACAUCUGCCAGGGCGCCAGGCUCGACAUGCUCGAGACGCAUCAGCACUCCGACAACCCCUACCAUAGGCAAGCCGUGGUACGGACGCUGCAGAGUUCGCUCAGGGCGAUCGGCGCCGCCAGAGACGAGGCCGAACGCAUCCUCGCAGUCGCAACGCAGCUCUCGCAAGAUGUCGUUGAGGACAUCAGAUGCGAUGUGGCCGACCAGAUUCCGCACCUGGCGCUCGCGUGUCACGCGGCCCACGAGCCCGACGGCCGCACCCUGGACUCCCUCAUCUCGUCGCACAUCCUGCCCAUCGUCAGCAACCUCCUCAUCGACACCAACAAAAUGAUACACAAAACAGCGCAGAGUGCGUUGCUAGCCCUUCUCGAGCAGGGUCUCCUUCCCUCGGCGGUGGUGGAGGACAAGUUGGUGCCGCUGGUCGUCGGCUGGUGUUCCAGAGGCGACUCAGAACUGGAAACUAGUGCUAUAGGGUUAAUGACAAAGAUGGCAUCUGUGAUAGGCCGCGACUCAACCGUGCAGCACUUUCUGCAGCCGUUCUGCGACAUGUGCGACAACGCUCAAUUAUACGUGCGAAAAGUGUGCGCCACCAACUUUGGCGAGUUCGCAGCCGUGUUCGGGCCCUCCAAGACUGAAGAAAUGCUCCUGGUCAGCUUCCUGCGGCUGUGCCAAGACAGCGAGUGGGCCGUGCGCAAGGCUUGCGCAGAGGUCUUCACCUCGGUCUCGCACGCAGUCAGCCUCGCCAAACGCAGGUCGACGUUGGCUGCGACAUUCCACCACCUUCUGCGCGACGAGUCGCGGUGGGUGCAGGUGGCGGCGUUCCAGUCGCUGGGCUCUUUCAUCGCGAGCUUCACGCAGCAGCAGCACGCCAGCGACCACCAGGUGCUGCUGGACACUGAAGGCGUGGUGCUGGCCCUCAGGGCCGAGGCCAACUGCAAGUCGAUGAUGCACUACGCGCCGAGAAAUGAGACCCUGAAUCUCGUCGGCGGCGGUGACGACGACGACGAUGAGGACGAGGACGAAGAACGCGAUGCUGGCGAUGAGAUCCUCGAACACCACACCGAGGAACACGAGGAUGCUGAAGAGCAGAAGCGCAGGGAGGCCGAGGAGACCGCCUCGAGGCUCGUCGACUCGAUCACCUCGCAGGUGCAGCAGCUGGUCGUGGCAGAGGAAAGCUUCAACACGUUCCAAUACUGGCGCACGCCGCUCCCGGAAUUGGAGCUGGUAGACGAGCCAGCGCCCCCGCUGCCCACCACCGAGCCGCCAAAGGCUCCCAACGAGCCUGCUUUUUAUAAUAGUGAUAUAACGCCGCCAUUGUCCCCACUGGCAUCUCUAAUGCCGGAUCGCUUGGAGAAUCAAGCGCCAAACAUUGCUCUACCACCAGUCCCAAGCGUCGAUUCAGGUCUGCACGAAAAGUGUCUGGACAGCGACUCGUCGGAGUGGCUGUCGAACUGCGAGGGCUUCAAGCAGGACGUGGUGCCGCCGAUGCUGAUCAACCACUUUGUGUACAUGGCGACGCCGCUGGCGCGUUCGGUGGACAACGAAAUCUCGCACCACUGCGCGUUCAGCCUGCCGGCGGUGGUGCUGACGCUGGGCCGCGACAACUGGCCCAUCUUGCGCAAGACGUACCAGUGUCUGGCGUCGGACAUGCAGUGGAAGGUGCGCCGCACGAUGGCCUCGAGCAUCCACGAGGUGGCCGGCAUCCUGGGCGAGGAGCUCGCCUCCACCGACCUCAUGCCCAUCUUCCUCGAGUUCGUCAAGGACCUGGACGAGGUGCGCAUCGGCAUCCUCAAGCACCUCACCUCCUUCCUCAAAAUGCUGCGCCGCGACGAGUGCGAACGCUUCCUGCCUGAGCUGUCGCGCCUCCUGCAGAUGGACCACCACACCAACUGGCGGUACCGCGAGGAGCUCGCCACCCAGCUCAUCGGCGUGCUCGACCUCUGCACUCCGGAACAUGCCAGGGCCCACGUUGCCCCCAUCGCACUAGCGCUGCUCGACGACCGCGUCGCUGCCGUCCGAGAAGCCGCAUUGCCACUGGUGGCAAAGGUGACGUCAAAGUUGGGCGAAGAGCACGAGCUGCUGGACCGUCUGCUGGCACGCUACCACGAGCUCUACGUGGUGACAGAGCGGUGGAUGCGCCGCCAGAGCUUUUCUCUGCUCUGCGGUCACCUGAUCCGGCUGCCCAAUCCGCCGGUUAGCCCUGAGACCUUCGCCACUCGCAUUUUGCCCAUGCUAGAACACCUGGCAAAGGACCCUGUGCCCAACGUACGUCUCGCCGUCGCACAGUCUGUUAACCAGGACGUCCUCGCACAUCCGUACUUCUCUCCCAGCGGCGGUCCAGGUUACUACAUGAUUGAAGGAGUUGUACACGAUUUACAGCUGGACCGGGACCGCGAUGUGCGCUAUUUCUCUGGCGGCAUGCACGAGAGCUCUUACGAACUGUCGAACGAGACGCCUCUGAGCGAGGACUCGACGAUGGACCACAUGGCCUUUUCGAGCUGAGCCUGCAUUUGGAUUUGUGUUCACUCUGUUGCUGCAACAAAGAAUUUAAAAAAGGACGGAAGGUGCAGUUAGUUGGCUGUGACACGACUGCCGCUCGCGAAUAUUAUUGUUUGUGAGCUGGUCUCACUGCGAGACAGACUGAAGAAUUAAUUAAAAUCAUCGUGUUGCCUGUCCCCUAGCUCCACAGCGCAACGACGCAUUUUUUUACUAAUCGCGAGUUGAAUGAAUUAAAUUGUCAUGGUGCUACUCUCGGCGUCGUCCGGCCCCGGCGCCAAUGCGAAUAUUGAUUAACGUGCUUUUUGUACUGAGAGAAGGAGAAGACACGUCGGUGGACCAUUUUGCAGCGUUUUUACUCAAUUCUCCGAGAAAGCAAGCAUUGUGUGGUUCACUCGGGCUGUGGAUUUGCAAUAAAAGAAUUCAUAACUACUUAAA